AUGCGAUACAGCCGAUUGGCAACCUCGCAAGAAGAGGCUGACGAAGCCAGUCGGCUACUUCCACUCAUGGUUGAUUCGGAGGUUGUUGUGGACGGCUCAGACGACAUUUACCUUCUUCCAUCAGUGUCAUCUCGCAGUUCCAGUACAUUUGACAUGACCAGAUGUUGCCGCAUGUUUUUUGGUCGACGCCGUGUGCUUCACUCACGCACAGUGAGAAUUGGGUAUGGGCCCGUUGGAGGUGACCAUGGAGCUGCUUUUGCCCCGAAUAAAGUCUGCAAUCAGAAGUACAAUAUUUUCAGUUUUGUCCCACUGGUUCUUUUCCAGCAGUUUAAGUUCUUCCUUAAUCUGUAUUUCUUGCUUAUGGCAUGUAGUCAGUUCAUACCUGCUAUCCAAAUUGGUGCUCCCAUAACAUACUGGGGUCCUCUGGGUUUUGUUUUGACAAUAACUUUGAUUCGUGAGUUCCUGGACGAUUUUGUGCGCUUCUUACGCGACAAAGAGUUGAAUGGGGAGAAGUAUGAACGAUUGACCAGGGACGGAACAAGAGUCGAAGUCAACAGCAGUGACAUAGAAGUCGGCGACGUGAUCAUAAUAGAAAAAGAUAGAAGAGUUCCUGCAGAUGUAGUCCUUUUACGGACAACAGAAAAAUCUGGUGCCUGCUUCAUUCGUACUGAUCAGCUGGAUGGAGAGACCGACUGGAAGCUGCGUAUUGCUGUUCCGUUCACCCAACACACCAAUAACGAAGCUGAAAUAAUGGAAAUCAAUUGUGAGAUAUAUGCGGAGAAACCUCAAAAGGACAUCCACGCGUUUGUCGGCACAAUUAAGGUGACCACAGAAGACCAAGUGCAGGACGGUUCUUUGAAUGUGGAGAAUGUUUUGUGGGCAAAUACAGUGUUGGCUAGCGGUACAGCUGUUGGAAUAGUCGUUUACACUGGAAGAGAAACACGCUCCGUAAUGAACACAACUUUGCCGGAAAGCAAAGUUGGCCUGCUAGAUCUUGAGGUCAACAAUUUGACAAAGCUGUUGUUCGUAUUUGUGAUGGUGCUUGCUUCUGUCAUGGUCAUUAUGAAAGGGAUAGAUCCCAAUUGGUAUCGCUACCUUAUGCGAUUCGUCCUGUUAUUCUCCUACAUUAUUCCGAUUUCACUACGCGUCAAUCUCGAUAUGGCCAAGCUGUUCUACGCUUGGCAAAUUGGCCGCGAUAAGCAGAUUCCGGAAACAGUCGUUCGUUCCUCCACUAUUCCAGAAGAACUUGGUCGAAUUUCUUUUCUUCUUUCUGAUAAGACUGGAACGUUGACGAAGAACGAGAUGCACUUCAAAAAGAUCCACUUGGGCACAGUCGCGUUCAGUUCGGAUGCAUUCGAAGAAGUGGCUCAUCAUGUCGCCAGUGCCUACUCAGGUCGAUUAGCAAGACAUUCGUUUUCUGCAAAGCUACAGACCGCCGUCGAAGCUAUUGCUCUGUGCCACAACGUCACGCCCAUUAUUGAAGGUGGCACGGUUUCAUAUCAAGCUGCAAGUCCUGACGAAGUUGCUCUAGUGAAAUGGACUGAAACAGUUGGAGUACGAUUAGCUCAUCGUGACUUACACUCUCUACAACUCCAACUUGGUAUAGGACAAACUAAAGUCUUCCAGAUCCUCCACAUCUUUCCGUUCACCAGUGAAACAAAAAGAAUGGGAAUUAUUGUUAAGGAUGAAACAACGGAUGAGAUUUCUUUGUUGAUGAAAGGCGCAGAUACUGUCAUGGCUGGUAUGGUCCAGUACAAUGACUGGCUUGAGGAGGAAUGUAGCAACAUGGCUCGUGAAGGGCUUCGUACUCUGGUUGUGGCUAAACGAUCAUUAUCUGCUGCUGAGCUGGAAGCUUUCGAUCGCGCCUACCAUACCGCUAAGAUGUCCAUCACUGACAGAUCUCAGAACAUGCAAAACUGCGUAAAUCGUAUGCUCGAGAAAGACCUUCAUCUCCUCUGUCUCACUGGAGUUGAAGACCGAUUGCAGGAUCAAGUGACCACUUCGUUGGAACUUUUGCGCAAUGCAGGAAUAAAGAUUUGGAUGCUAACUGGUGAUAAGUUGGAAACAGCUAUUUGCAUCGCAAAAUCUAGUGGACUAUUCUCCAGGACAGAUAAUGUACAUGUUUUUGGAUCGGUUCAGAAUAGAACUGAAGCUCACAAUGAGCUGAACGCAUUGAGAAGGAAAAGCGAUGUUGCUCUCGUAAUGCAAGGUUCAGCUCUCAAUGUGUGUUUGCAGUAUUAUGAAGCUGAGGUCGCCGAAUUGGUUUGUGCUUGUACAGCAGUUGUGUGUUGUCGCUGUUCCCCUGAACAAAAAGCACAGAUUGUACAGCUUCUGCGAAAGUACCGUGCACCGCUCCGAGUUGCUGCUAUUGGUGACGGAGGAAACGACGUAAGCAUGAUACAAGCAGCUCAUGCUGGUAUUGGGAUCGACGCUAAUGAAGGAAAACAAGCAUCUUUGGCAGCUGAUUUCUCUAUCACUCAAUUUUCUCACGUCUGCCGUCUGCUGCUAGUUCAUGGCCGCUUUUGCUAUAAAAGGUCUUGCGCGCUCUCUCAGUUUGUGAUGCACCGAGGUCUUAUUAUUUCCACUAUGCAAGCGAUAUUCUCGUGCGUGUUUUACUUCGCGUCCGUUUCGCUCUAUCAGGGAGUCCUGAUGGUUGCUUAUUCAACCGCAUACACAAUGCUCCCUGUAUUCUCGUUGGUUGUUGAUCGUGAUGUUACCGCUAGCAAUGCCCUCACUUACCCGGAAUUAUACAAAGAACUCGGAAAGGGACGGUCGCUGUCGUAUAAAACAUUCUGCAUAUGGGUCAUGAUAAGUUUAUAUCAAGGAGCCGUUAUAAUGUAUGGAGCAUUAUUUGUUUUCGAUGCGGACUUCAUCCACGUUGUUUCUAUUUCCUUCUCUGCUCUCAUAGUUACUGAACUUAUCAUGGUAGCGAUGACAAUCCACACUUGGCACUGGGCAAUGCUACUCGCUCAGGCAUUAUCGUUAAGUCUCUACGGCGUGUCGCUGGUCGUACUAGAUCAAUACUUCGAUCGUCAAUUUGUGCUUUCGUGGAUGUUCAUCAUAAAAACGACACUUAUUACCCUUGUGUCGUGCCUGCCUCUUUAUGUGGUCAAGGCUUUACGAAGGAAGUUUUCCCCACCUUCCUACGCAAAAGUAAAUUGA